UUUUCUUAUGUUGGCUGCUUGCUGGUGAUUGCAACUUUCAAAAACAGGUGGCCAUUUAAAAAUAUCAACAAUCGUUCUGCUCGUUGUCAUUUCAUUUCAUUCCACAGUUGUGGAAUAAGUGUUGAAGAUGUCUGUUGACGAUGUCACGUUGGUUUUCGAGGGUUUCACCCUCGAGUGCAGCAAAAAGGAAUUGGCCCAGCACAGUGACUACUUUAAAGCCAUGUUCGAGGGGAACUUUACUGAGAGGGACAAGGGUGUUAUCAAACUCAAUGGUGUUGACUUCAGAGCCCUGAGGAUUUGCCUCAUAAUGCUGUGGGACAAAGACUUUGUUCUCACCGAUGAAGAUAUGCCAUUGGUAUUGCAGACAGCCUGCAUGCUGCAGUUUGAGGAAAUCAUAGAAAUUGUCAGGGAUAAAUUAUUAAUCAAUUUAGAUGCAAGCAACUGCCUCAAAGUGUGGUUCUUGACUGAACCACUUAACCUCAAACCAUUAUAUCUUAAGGCAAAGAAUUUGGCUAUGAUGGAGUUCAGGACAAUUCACAGUAAUGGCACUAUAUUUAAUUUGACUUUCGAAGAGUUGCACCAGUAUUUGGCCAACGUACAUUUGGAUUGCAAGGAGUUCGAAGUGUUCAUUGCAUUCAUGGACUGGCAUUAUGAGAAUGGCAAUAAUGUGAUGGAGUUGCUGUCCUGCUUGGACUUCAAUAGGUUGAGCAACAAAGAAAUUGGCGAGAUGAUGAUGUACCCGGAUGUAAAAAACUCCUUGGCGUUGGUCAACGUCUUAGAAUGUGUCGUCGACAUUAGGAAAGGUGACAACGUGAAAAACGAACUGGCCGAAAAGCUUUUAAACUGCAAUCGUCGGGUCAGCCUGAUCGAUCCACUCUUCUUCGUCUCCCUUGAAACCGACGCAAAACAGAAAGAGGACGAUCAUUAUAGAGAUAAAUAUAAGAGGAGAAGGAGAUCAUCGAAAAUCCUGUGCCAUAACAGCGUUUUAUUGUAUGACCAAAAUAAUAAAGACUUUUGGAAGGCUGUGGAUCUGUGCAAAGACAAAUUCAAUGGCUAUUCGGGAUACGAGAUUAUUGGAUACAAGGAGCAGAUUUUCCUGUUUGGCGGCGAAGCGAGUUUGGGCACCGGCAAUUGGAACACUAAUUUUUGGAUGUACGAUACGAUUCGCGAGAGUUGGGACCUGAAGGGCCGUAUGCCGUCAGGUCGCAGGCACUUCGAAACGUGUAUCAUCAAGAAUCACGUGUACAUAGUAGGAGGAACCGGUAAAUUUAGGGUGAUUCAGGAUAACAUGCUCUCAUACAAUUACGUAAAAAAUAUUUGGAGCAAAGAAAUAAAGCUUCCCGAUUCGGGGCUGAACGUGAAAUGCUGCAAUUACAUGAAUCGCCUAUUCCUGUUCUAUCAGAACCACAAAUGCGGAUAUCUUUAUUACCCCGAGAACGGGUGCUUCCAGCAGCUGACCAUCGGGGACAUGCACUUUCCAAAUAUCGAGGGUAAAUUCGGCGUGUACUGUUACGACGACCGGAUCUUCAUCAAGGACUCGAAGAGGUUGGUGGAGCUUCGCGUUGUAUUGAGCAAGAUGCGCAUUGUGAAGAUAUCCGUCCUCCCGAAGACGGCGCUCGAAGUCAGCGAGAAAUCGGUGCUCUGCAACGACACGAUCUUCAGCCUGUACAAGAACGACAAUCGGAACUUCUCCAUCGUCAAAUUUAAUCUGCUGACGCUGAACACCGAAUACAUCUUUCGCGAUAUGACAGAUUAUCGCAUUGACAAGUCAAAGUACGUCUUCCACGAGGACUGCAGGGUGUUGGCGCUGCAACAUCAUCUCAGGCUCUCGGACAAAGACAAGUACGUCAACACCAUCGAAAAUCUCUUCGCCAAAAGAUAACUGUCCUUUAACUAGUCUUUAUUAAUAGUAUUGUACAUAUUAUUGACGGCUGUUAUAUAGCUAACGUUCGCGUUAAGGAACACUUCUUUUUUUAUAUAUUAUCUUCAUUUUGAAUCCAAACGGCAAUAAUAUUCUCAUUCACCAAAAAAGAAAUAACUAAAAUAGAUUAACAGAGAUAUUUUAUUAUAUUUAUAUGUAUGCAUGUAGAGAGACAAGACAAGACAAGAAUUCUUAAAUAUAAAUAAAAAAUAUAUUUAGAAUAGUAUUAAGUAAACGAAAACAAAUUGUUUAUAUUGAUAUAGACGUGGAUUUGCUUAAAGGUAACCAAACUUGAAGAAAAAUCUAAAUUGUGAUAGUGAAGAGAAAAGCCAACGAUAUUUCGUACCUUAAAAUUUAUUAUUUCUAAAAAAAAAAAAAGAAUCACAUUUUAUAUAUGUAUGUAUUGUAAUAGAUAAUAAUAUGCAACAUCAUUUAUACUUAUCAGUUAAUUAUUAUUAAUAUUAUUUGAUAUACAAAGUUAACAUCAUGAAUGUUUUGUAUCGCAACGUCUUUCCUCAUUAUUUAUUAUUAUUAUU